AUGAGUAAUUAUCCAGAGGUUGCAGCAUUCGAUUUAGAUUAUACCGUUUGGCCAUGCUACUGUGAUACACAUUUAACACCGCCAUUCAAGCCUGUAAGAAGCAGUAACAAAGAGGUACAUACAUUAGUGGAUUGUCGUGGCUUUCAGUUAUCAUUUUAUAAAGAUAUUCCUGCCAUUAUUAUUGAUCUAAAAAAAAAUGGAACCAAAAUUAUUGCUGCCUCCAGGACUUGGGCACCAGAGAUUGCGAAAGACCUACUUUGCCAAUUCAAAAUCGAAUAUAAUGGAAAGAUCAUUCCUAUGAUCGACCUAUUUGAUGAUCUGCAAUGGGGUGAAAGAAGUAAAAUUGGCCAUUUGAGAGAUGGAUUAACAAAUAUAUAUGGACAUGAUGAUCUAAAGAAACACCAGAUAUGUCUAUUUGAUGACGAAAGUAGAAAUAAAGACGUCGAGAAAUAUGGUGUUAAAUUUGUGUACGUCAGUGACCAAAAGAAAGGACCUUCUUGGGAAUUAUACCAGAGACUAUUGAAUGGGAAGCUGUGA